CCCUGACUCCCGUUCCGCCAUUUUUGCCUUCUGAACCUCUCUCAUCCUCACAAAACCAAAACAAUUCGGGAAUAUUCUCCUUGGACAAAUUGACUUGCACGUUAAGCGAUCCCCCCUCUCCCGUUUCAAUUCCUUUCAACCUCCGUCUUCCGGUCAGGCAGGCGGAGCUUCUGUCUCGUUUUAUUCCGCUUUGCUUGUCGCCGGCAACAGUCCGUGGUCAAUUCGAACUCUUGUUUUUCCCCCCCUUCCAAAUUCGCUUUGGUUUCGUGUUUUUGACAAUGUUUGUUCCUGGUUGAUCUCUUCGGCCGGUCGAUUCGCCAUCUCCCGCCUCUGCUGCUAUUUCUCAUGCCCGCCUGCUUCUGGUAUGAAGUUCGCAGGCGAUUGUUUCUUUUCCUCUCCUACAUCUCUUCCACUUCCGUGGAAUUCUUCUUCAGCUGCUCAACAAGCAGCAGAGCCUUGUGUUGACUUUGGAGGUGAUUUGAGUUUGAAUUGGGAGCUUGAUGGGGAAAGCUGACGAUGGGAGAUGUGUUUUCCCUUUAUCUAGUCUGCAAAUCGGAGACUUGCAGUCGUAUCUUUCAGAUCUUAGUCUGUAUGUGGCUUUCGAAAGUAAGAAGCUAUACGUCUUGGUGGACAACCGGCCAUGGUUGAAGAGUCUGGGUUCGCGACCAGCACACUUGUGGCAGUUAAUGGUUACAAAGUCGAGGUUAUCUCCAUUUGCAAACAGCAAAGCACGAAGAGGGAAAAGGGAGUGCAAGGGAACUUCUCGUCCUCAGUCUGAUUCCAACAAGGCAAAGAAUAUGGAGAAAUGGUUCUCACUGAUCGAUGCAAAAAACUUCUCUCAGAAGGCAGGUUUGUUGCCAGUGGAGAAGUUGAGGAAGUCGUUAUUCUUGAGCAGUGAGCUGCACAGAACACUCUAUGGUUUUAUAGUGUUUGAAGUUGCUUGGAGCAACGUUCGAGGUAUUAACUAUUUGAAUGAACUUCAGACAGACACAUCUCUGGCAGUUGAGGCGAAAGUUAUGCAAAGAUGGGAAUUUGAUUGUAUAUCUCAAGCAUCAAGAUCUAUAUCUUCUUGGUUUUCUGGAACAUUGCCCGAGCAGUUACAAUUGAAGGAAUACCUGGAUUCUGUUACAGGAGAUAUUUUCUAUGAUGCAAAGCAAAAAUUUUCAAGAACAGGUUCUUUCAAUGAUGAUGAUGAAGAGACCAUUGGAGGUAAUCUGGGCACUGGGAAUUUCCCAUCCACUAGUCUCAGUGAUUCUGAGGAUAUUCAAGAUGACUCUGAGCCCCACACACCUCCACCCAGUGGGCCCUACAAGAGAAGAAGGGUAACUAAGUCGAUUGCCACAGGAGUCGAAGUUGAUUUUUAUUCUGAAACACAGGGCAGAAGCAAAGAUUUGUUGCACAACUCGGAGGCUGAUUGCAGCAGCAGCAAUUGUGAAAACGGUAGUCUUGAAGCUAAGGAGUACAUGGACGUACUAAUUCUGAUGAGGUUCGAUGACCAUGACCUCCCUUCCAAGCUGAGGCAAAUCGUAAUGGCUGACCUUAGGUUAUUGACCCUCUUAGAGGCAGGGCUUCCAUCAUGGGUAAUCUUUCUCCAAUCAUAUCCUGGGUUUUGCCAUCUUUAUCGCCCGUGGAUGUGUCCACUAGCUAGAGCUUUAUACGUCUCCAUCUCGAUUGUCACUGUUAUGAUAGGCUUCUACGAUCUUUACAAAAAUGUCCCUGUUCUCAAGGCGACUGCAUCUCGAUUAUGUGGGCCACUUUUUGACUGGAUAGAGACUUGGGAAAUGGUCUCCAGGAUCAAGUAUCUGGGGACCAUGCUGUUUCUUCACAAUUUCCAGAAGGCUGUAACCUGGUCCUUAAUGAUCACUCGAACUUUCCGGUCUUUCCUCUCCGUUUUCACUCAACCUCUGGUUGGCCCGUUGGUGGAAUUAGUAGGAUUUCUCCUUCCAUUGUGGAAUGAAGUCAUUGAAGUAGUUGAGAGGUUAUUCUCAGUAGUCUGGCUUGUGGUGGGAACCACUUGCAAUGUGGUUGGAGAUGUUCUUGAGUUUUUCCUGUGGCCUAUAUGGGUUGUCCUCUCUUUUGUAUGGAACUUCGCGACUUCAAUCUUAUAUCCCAUCUUCUGGAUUCUGUGGGAAGUCAUCUACACCCCAAUUCGCAUGGUUCUUGCACUAUCAGGCUUCCUGGGUGGAAUUUUAGGCUUGAUGGUGCAGUUGGUUGUAGAUGUUUGGCGAUCUAUGAGUAGCAUAGUGCAGCUUGCUUCAGCUUCCGAGGCGUCAGUGAACACAUACCAAGUUUCCAUGUGGAGAUCACUUUGGAGCGACCUUUUUUCACAGGUCUUUCGUGCCGUCAGAAGUAUUUUGAAUGGUUUUGUGGCUUUCUUCACAGCAUGCAACAAACAUCGCCUCAGCAUAUACAACCAUCUACAAGAUUUCAUCAGGAGAGUACUCGGUGGUGCUCAAAGAUUUCAGACUUUUGAUUCCCGGCCUAGUUGGAAGUCAUUCGAGCCGCGGAAUCUGUCUGAUUCAUUCGGGGACUGCAAACAGAGCAGCUCGCCUCGUCGAAUGCCAACCCCGCGUAUUUCCAAGUCGAAGAUGCAGAGGUGAGCCAAGUUCUCUAUAACUAACAGGAAAUAGGAAACUUUUGUAGCUUGUUUCUGUAGGAGAAAGAAACAAAGAGAGUAGUUUCUUAUUUGUUUCUCUGUAACACCGUGAGGAAGUAUCUUUCAUUAUUUCCUUGUCCCUCUUCGCAGCUAGUAUCUCUUGUUUGUUUCUGAACAGUUCCGCGGUAGUCACUCGUAGGUGUUGUAUCUUCCUUGUAAAUAGCAUGUGUAUUCUGGGUAUAGUAAAAAAAUGUACGAAAAGGAAAAUUGCCACUGUGAACCAACAGAUUUCGUUAGAGAGGGUUUGAGACAAAUUGGGGAAAAUCAUAAAUGAAAGAGAACGAAAGGAAGGGAGAGAUGAUGUUGGCUCAAUACUCUCUCAGAAUUUGUUCUCUAACCUAACCUCUGUUUGGAUGGAUAAACAACUAAGGAAUUG